AUGAGCUCGUGUGACUUUCUCGAGACUCAAUCAAACGGCGCUCACGGAGCGAGUUCGCGUGGGUUCGGCAGACUGGCAGAUCGCCAAACUGACCUCUUUCGAAAUCGGACAGGCUGGAUACGACCGUUGGCGAUAAGUUCACAACACCGCUUCGGUCUCCGUCGCCACAACGCACCCGCGCUCAUCAUGACGCGUCGUGUGCACCGCACCAUGCGCGUAUCCGCGCUGUGCGUCGCGUUGCUCCUCGUCGUCUCCGGAGGCUUCGCAUCCGCGGAGGAGGCCGCCGCGUGCUCCCCCUCGGGCGACGACCCAUCGUGCGCGGCUCCCCGCCAAAACGUCGCACCCGACGCCGCGGCCGAGGCCGGCGCGACGCUCCUCGCGCGCGCCAACGAGGAAAACGAUCGACUCAAGACGCGACUCGACGCCGCCCUGGAGGCGUCGAAGCAGUGGCAGACCAAGGCUGUCGAGGCGGAGGGCACCGUCGCGUCGCUCCGAUCGCGCGCUGACGAGAUCGAACAGGCGAGCUCCGGACUGUCCGCGGAGAUUGCGCAGCUCAAGCCUCAGCUCGACGCCGCGCUCGAGACCGCCAAGCGGUGGGAGUCCAAGGCUGCGGAGGCUGAGGGCGUCGCGUCCGAGCUCAAGCCUCAGCUCGACGCCGCGCUCGAGACCGCCAAGCGGUGGGAGUCCAAGGCUACGGAGGCUGAGGGCGUCGCGUCCGAGCUUCGAUCCAAGUUUGAAGCCACCGCGCAGGCCACCAGCAGCCUCCCCGCGAAGAUCUCCGAGCUCGAGCUCAAACUCGCGGAGGCUCUGAGCGCCAAAGCCGCCGCCGAGGAGGCCCUCGAAGACUUCGACAGGGUCAUCACCGACGCGUGGCUGCCCCACUGGCUCAACCGCGACAUCGAGUACGUCCGCGGCGAGCUCCGACAGCUGUGGCGCGCGUUCGUGAAGGUUUCCCGAGACGCCAUGGCUUCGUGGGGCGUGCUCGAGCGAUUCGACGAGUUGUACGCGAAGCUCACCGCCGCCGCCGCGCCGCACGUCGCCCACGUCAAAGACAUCCUCAUCGCGUGCUACGGCAGGGUCGUCGAGCAGAUCGACGAGCUCAACGCGAGGUGGUUCAAGGCGAGGGACAACGUCGUCAACCUGAUCAAGAAAUUCAAGGAAGCCGGGAAGCGCCGCCGCGAGCACGAGGCCAAGACCCGCGGCGUCAACCCCGACCGCGACAGGCGCGAGGACGAGAAGGCGGCGUACUCGCGGGAGUACUGGGACAGGCAGAGGCAGCGGCUCGGUCACCUCGGCGAGGACGCGUCCGCGGUUGCCAAGUACGCGCGCGCCAAGCUCGGGGGCUGGUACGGACAGGGUAGCGAGAAGGUGCGGGAGCGCGUCGCGCACGUGCGCACGUCGUACAAACACAGGAUCAUGCCCCGCGUGGCGCAGUGGAGGGUCGCGCUCGCCAAGAACUCCAGGCCCGUCGCCGAGCUUAUCGUCGCCAAGUACCCCUCAUUUCCCGCGUGGCUCAAGGAGGCGCUCGCGUCGGUUCGGUUUCCCCACGGCGACGUCGACGACGUCUCCAUCGUCGUCGGCGACUUGUUAGGGUACGUCCUCGCCGCGAUGGGCGUCUCGUCCUUCCUUUACUGGACCGUGCUCCGACGCACGUGGGUCGACGACCUCCCUGACGAGGCGGAGUUUUCGCUCAAGCACGUCCCGGCGAACGACGGCACCAUCGUCGGUCGCGCCAUCGGCGGCGGCGCGGACAUCCGGAUCGUCCUGCCCUCCGUAAAGUCGGCGGCGGAGUGCGACAUCCUCGUCUCCGACGAGAAGGUGCUGGUGAACGCGUACAAGAUGGAGGACGGGACCUGGUACCACGAGGUUAAGGUUCGGGUGCCGAAGGAGUGCAGGGGUUUCGGGUGGCAGGAUGGCGUGGACAAGUGGGACAUGUCCGCGCGUUUUGAACUCGUUGGCGAGGCGCUCACCGUGUCCCUUCGCACCCCCACCCGCGCACUCCGCGCCGCGGCGGCCAAGGCUAAGGGCGACGACCCCGAGGAAGGGGAGAUCAUCGCGUCCCCUCCUCCCGUUCUCGCGGCGAAGCCCGCCGGCGGGAAAAAGAAGAAGAAGAAGAGCGGAGGAGCCUCGUCGGAAAUUCCCAAGCCCAGGCCCGCGGAUAGCGGCGGCAGCGCCGUCACCGCGGCGCCGCCCACGCCGCCGGAGUCCCCGGAGGCGAGGUCGGUUCCGUUCUCGCCGGUCAUCCCGACCGGGCGCACGCCGGUCGCCGCGAGGACCCGCGCGUCCACCUCCGCGUGA